AUGAGCGGUGCCCCCGGCGGGCCCCGGCCGAGCCCCCCGCCGAGCCGCGGAGCUGCGGGCGCCCCGUCGCCCCGGCCGCCCCCCGCCGACCCGCUGCGCCAGGCCAGCCGGCUGCCCAUCCGCGUCCUGAAGAUGCUCAGCGCCCACGGCGGCCACCUCCUGCACCCCGAGUACCUCCAGCCGCUCUCCUCCACGCCCGUCAGCCCCAUCGAGCUGGACGCCAAGAAGAGCCCGCUGGCGCUGCUGGCCCAGACCUGCUCGCAGAUCGGCAAACCCGACCCGCCGCCCUCCUCCAAGCUGAACGCCGUGGCCUCCGCCGGGCAGCCCGCAGCCGACAAGGAGCCCAACGCCCGCCCCAGCGCCCUGAAGCCGCCGGGCAGCGGGGACGCUCCGCCCGAGGACAAGUCCAGCUUCAAGCCCUACUCGAAGGGCGGCGGGGAGCAGCGCAAAGAGGGCGGCGCGGACAAGGCCGGCUUUCGGGUGCCCAGCGCCGCUUGCCCGCCGUUCCCCCCCCACGCCGCCGCCGCCGCCGCCUCGCCCGGUGGCUCCCGGGGGGCCUCUCCGCAGCACGCAGACCCCAAGGGCACCGAGGAGAAGAAGGAGCCCGAAGCGGGCAAACCCAGCCCCGAGGGGACGGGCGGGGGCCUGGGGCGCGGGGCGGCGGAGCCCGGGCCGCACGGAGAACCCGCUUCGGGCCGAAAGUCGGAGCCCCCCGCCCUGCCGCCCGCCGGCCAUGUGGCCCCAGUGUCUCCCUACAAGCCGGGGCACUCGGUCUUCCCUUUGCCACCCUCCAGCAUCGGCUACCACGGCUCCAUCGUGGGUGCCUACGCCGGUUACCCGUCCCAGUUCGUGCCGGGGCUGGACCCCACUAAGCCGGGCCUGGUGGGCAGCCAGCUCCCGGGGGCACUGGGGCUGCCGGGCAAGCCGCCGAGCUCCAGCCCGCUCACCGGGGCCUCGCCGCCCUCCUUCAUGCAGGGAUUAUGCCGGGACCCCUAUUGCCUGAGCUACCACAGCGCCUCGCACCUGAGCUCCAGCAACUGCUCCAGCUGCGUGCACGACCCCGGCAGCCUCAAGAGCGGAUACCCCUUGGUGUACCCCACGCACCCGCUGCAUUCGGUGCACACCACGCUCUCCUCCGGCGGCACCCCCAGCCACCCCCUCUACACCUACGGCUUCAUGCUGCAGAACGACCCCCUGCCCCACAUAUGCAACUGGGUGUCUGCCAGCGGACCCUGCGACAAGAGGUUUGCCACCUCCGAGGAGCUGCUCACCCACCUACGGACCCACACGGCCCUGCCAGGGGCGGAAAAGCUCUUGGCGGGUUACCCUACCUCCGGGCUGGGCUCCGCAGCCUCCUGCCACCUCCACCUCCCGCCCGCUGCCCCCGGGAGCCCCAACACGUUACCGGCCUCCCUCUCCUUGAGGAGCCCACACACUUUGGGACUCAACAGGUACCAUCCCUACGGCAAGAGCCACUUGCCCACGGCCGGCGCCCUGCCCGUGCCCUCCUUGCCGGCCGCCGGACCUUACUACUCGCCAUACGCGCUCUACGGCCAAAGACUAACUUCAGCUUCUGCACUGGGAUAUCAGUAACUGCGGCGGCUCCUUCCCCUCUGCGCCAGCCUUCAUCCUCCUCCUCGCUCCCUCCUUGGACUGUGUAUUUAUUUACUGUAUGUUAGCUUAAAGCUGGGAAUAUAAGUGCAUUAAUACACCAAUGAA